GUUCUCACACACAUCAGCUUCCGUCACAUCUGAGGAUGGCUUCUCUCCAUGUGUUUGUGUGUCUGCUGGGACUGGUUGUCCUGUGUCACUCUGACUGCUACUUCCAGGAGAUGGUGAUGAAAGAUCUGAACAACCCUCCAAAAGGGUGUGUGGAUAAGGAUGGAAAGCAGCAUGACUUUGGCGCUGAUUGGGUCAGAGACUGCAUGGAUUGCUCUUGUACGACGGAGGGCUUGAGCUGCUGUAGCAAGAUCCCUGAUGCGAACACAGUAGACGUUCCUGACGACUGUGAGCUGGUUGUAAAUAAGGAGGCCUGCUCUGCCAAGAUGGUGAUGAAGUCAGACAAGACCAAAGAGUGUAACCCCAUCUGAACUCACCACAAAUUGACCCCUAUACUUGUUCAUGACAACUGAUGUCCAAACUGGUUGUUUUUAUGUUUCAUAUUUCAUCAACUAGUUCAGGAUGUGCACAUACAAUAAAUUACCAGUAAACACACACUAAUCAACCUGCUUGUCAUGUUUUAAAUGUCCCCGGCAAUAAAGAUAAAACCUAAAAAAAACUU